AUGUAUUCUCUCAAUGCAAGAUUUUUUAUUGUGAGUAUUUUUGCCUGUAUAUUAUUGCUCAUUCUUCCUUUGAUUAUGGAACAGAAGAAGAAGCUGCCUUUUGAUGUCUGGUACCCGUAUGACUACAAAAUUGCUCCUUUGUAUAUUGUAACUUACGCUCAUCAAACUUUAACAGCUUCGUAUGUUACGCUGUCUCAAUUAGGAAUAGAUACGUUUUCAGCUGGAUUGAUGGCCGUUGUUGGUUGCCAAUGUGCUCUUUUAGAAGAUAGGAUGAUGAACUUUGAUGAAAAUAUUGUCGAUUUUGAUCAAUUAUUUCGAGAAAUUGCCGAUCAUCAUGCUCAGAUUUUAAAGUUAGCUAAAAAACUGAACAAGUUGGUCUCUUUUUACGCAUUUGCUCAAAUGGGUUUAUGCGUAUUGUUGUUCUGUACUGCCCUAUUCCGUUUGUCUGUUAUUGAAACAACGAGUCCGGAAUUUCUUGCAGUAAUUGUCUACAUCGUAGCAGUAAAAAUCCAAUUAUUUUUGUACUGUUGGUUUGGUAAUGAGGUGACUGUAUACAGCUCCAGACUGCAUCUAGCAGCAUUUCAUUGCAAUUGGAUAGGUUCGCCUAUAAGUUUUCAGAAAAAACUGAUCCUCUUCUUGGGCAAGACUGCUAAUCCAAUCAAAAUAAGGGCAAUUAAUUUCAUUCCAAUGUCGAUUUUGACAUUCUCUACGAUCAUGAAGAAUUCUUGGUCAUAUUUUGCUGUUCUACAGCAAGUACACAACAGAAUGUGAAUGAAUUAACAAAUCAAUCAGGAGUACUUCAGUGUGGUAUUUGUUUGUGAAUGUGAAUGAACUGAUUUUUCAUUGACAUUCAAUAUUCAUUUUAUCAAAUAUUUAU